GCAAGCCUCACACGCGGCCCAACCAACCAACCUCCGCCCCGCACCCAUCGGCGCCACCAAAUCGCCAUGGCCGCCGCGCUCCCCCGGCGCUGAGCGCUCGCUCGCUCGCUCGCGCAUGCGCCGCCGCGGAAGAGCCCGAGGAGCCCGGAUCUAGGGUCGGGGACGCGUUUGCUCCACAGCCCCAUGGCGCGGCGAUCGCCGUGCUGGCCGGCGCUGCUGCUGCUCCUCCUGCACAUCUCGCCCGCCGCCGUGGGGCACUCCUCCGCCGCCUCGGCACCUCCCGACGCGUGCCCGGUGCCUACCGCAGUGGAGUCCAUACUCGGGCCUUCCUAUACGUGCUCGCCGCCGGAUCGCCGCCUCGGGGACCCGGUCGGUGUCAUCGAGGGAGAUGAGGCUACAUUAGCGAGGGCAAUUAAUCUUCUUCACAUGAACAAAGAUGACUACAUUGCCAUACUUUUUUAUGCCUCGUGGUGCCCCUUUUCACAAGAGUGCAAACCAAAUUUUGAGGCAUUGGCUCACUUAUUCCCAACUAUUCGUCAUUUUGCAUUUGAAGAAUCUGCAAUCAGACCAAGCAUAAUAUCGAGAUAUGGGAUUCAUGGUUUUCCAACACUAUUUCUGUUGAAUUCAACUAUGCGAGUGCGGUAUCAUGGACCACGAACUGUCAAGCCCCUAGCUGCUUUCUACAGUGAUGUUUCAGGCAUCAAUGCUUCAGUGAAGUCAACUGCUGAGGAGGCCAUGGUGCAUUCGUUAGAAGACAUUGAGCCUAAGAAGGAUGUUGAACAGGAAAAUUGUCCAUUCUGGUGGGCUCGUUCACCGGAAAAUAUACUUCAGCAGGAUACUUAUCUAGCACUGGCAACUUCUUUUGUAAUCUUGAGGCUGCUGUAUCUUCUAUUUCCAAAGAUAGUUUCCUUAGCAAAACAGGCAUGGAGGAGGCAUACUCUCUUUGGAAAUUUGAUGGGUGUGCAUGAGUACUUCUUCACCUACCUUGAUCAAGCAAGACAGAAAUUCAAUAGGUUAUACCCUUCGAAACGAGGGAAUUUACAGGAGGGGGCAAGGAAUGCAACUGCUUGGGCUUCGAAAUCAUUAGCAUCGGUAUCAAUCGGAGAACCCAGCACCAUCGGAAGGACCAACUCCACGAACGAGCUAAGAUGAAGUGUGUAACUUUUUUGUCCGCAUGGAUAUAUGUACAGUAGAGUGGCCAGGAUAUGAGCUAUGAUCAAGAAUCCGCUGUAACCAGCUUUAUCAGCUAUUGUAUCAUUAGAAUAAGCAUGUCACGCAGUAUUGCUUUCAUUAGAACUUUUACAUUGAAUAGCCGUUCAAAUUCA